AUGAAAUCCUACAUAUCAAGCUGUGUAGAUUCUGGUUCUGGCUCAGAAACAGUUUCCAAUUGUGAGCCUGGAACCGAGAAGGUCGAGAGAGUGACCAGGAGAAGAAUGGCUGCCAACUCCCGUGAGAGAAAGAGGAUGCAGAGUCUGAACACCGCCUUCGACCGGCUGCGCAAGGUGGUGCCUCAGUGGGGACAGGACAAGAAGCUAUCCAAGUAUGAGACCCUGCAGAUGGCCCUCAGCUACAUCGUGGCCCUGAACAGCAUCCUAACAGACACAGAGCGCUACAGGAGCAGCUCACAGAGGGAAUGGCUUAACCAUCAGAUUGAGCAUUUCCACCAAGAGAACUAUUCCUAUCUACAGAAUGGAUCCUCUGCUGAGCUUGAGGAAUACACAGAGAGGUUCUUCUCCUACCAGCCAGAGAGAUUCCAAAUAGGCAACUAG